CCAUCAAAUCCGUAAUCCCCAUCGUUUAAGUUGGUAUUUCUGCCCUUAUCACCGUGACUUAUCGCUGUACCUGAAUUCUGGGCUAAUUUUAGCACAGUGCAUCACACGUUUUAUGGUAAGAUCGUUUUUCCGCAUCGGUGGAACUCUCAUAAAAAUGGCAAAGCCCAAAGUGAUUUUCGUGCUGGGGGCUCCCGGAGCCGGUAAGGGAACGCAGUGUCAAAAAAUCGUUGACACCUUCGGGUAUGUUCACCUGUCGGCUGGAGAUUUACUGCGGGAGGAGCGCGCCAAACCUGACUCGAAAUAUGGGGAGUUGAUUGAGAACUACAUCCGGGAGGGAAAAAUCGUGCCCGUCGAGAUCACCUGUAGCUUGCUAGAAAACGCGAUGCAACGAUCCGAGAAGAAUAAAUUCUUGAUUGAUGGCUUCCCCAGAAACCAGAAUAACUUGGAUGGGUGGAAUAGCACCGUAGCGAAUAAUGUACACCAACUGUUUGUUUUAUUUUUUGAGUGCCCUAAGGAGGCCUGUGUUGAGAGAUGUCUGGGGCGCGGAGCCGCAGGUAGCGGACGCUCUGACGACAACAUGCAAAGUUUAGAAAAGAGGUUCAACACUUUCAUUACUGAAACACAACCAAUUGUGAAGUACUACGACCAAAAAGGGCUAGUCCGUCGUGUGGAUGCUACAAAAUCCCCGGAUGAAGUGUUUGCAGAAGUUAAAAUACUUUUCGAGAAUAUUGGGGCAGGGGGCGAUUUUUAACCAGUCAUUUAUCAUUUUAGUUAAUUGUACAGUACAGAAAGGAUAUCAUGGGUUAACAUUCCUCAAUCAUUUGCAUUUAGUCUAGUCAUGGGUUUAUCUAUGUGUCACCGCUUGUAAUUGUGACCCUAGCGACUAGUACCCUGUACUUAAAUCAAAUUUGGGACACCAACAGCUUUUUCCACAAGUUUACAAGGCAAUAAUUUUAAAUUUUUAUUUAUCGUGGCAACUCAGCGACGCAUGCGCAGUAGAUUGCUCAAUGUACCAUGUCUUAAGUCCUGUUGCCUUAAUAAAUUUUUAUGAAAA